GGAUGGCGACACCGCCGGUCCCCCCGCGGGGCUGGUGACAGGGACCUUCCUGUGGGGACAGCGGUGGCAGGACUGCCACCACCGUGUGUGACACGGGGUGUCACCCUCAGCACGCGGCUGUGACAUCCUGGCUGUCCCCUCCGUGCCUCCCUGUCCCCUCUGCGGCUGUCUGUCUGUCCCUGUGUCGCCUGUCCCGCCCCAGGUGCCACCCCAAGUGCCACCCCAGGUGCCACCCGGGUGCCACCUGUCCCCCCCGCCCCGCGCUCUGUCCCCGCCUGUCGCAGCCCCAAGUUCAAGGUUCAAACUCCACGCGGCCCUUCCUGGGACUGCCGGCGACACGCGGGGACACGCGGGGACCGGAGGGGACACACGGGGACCGCCAGGGACACGCAGGGAAUGGAGGGGACACUCGGAGACCGCCGGGGACACGCGGGGAUCGCAGGGGACACUCGGGGACCCGGGGAAUUGUCCCCAUGCAGUGAGAGUGUCCUCUCACUGAGUGGGGACAAUUCCCUGUCACCGACCGCGCUGGGGGACACCGGCUCAGACGUGUCCCUGCCGAGCCCCUCGGGCACGGAGCGCAGCCCCCGGGACCCCGCUGGGGACACGGAGCCCGACGGGGACAAAGUGUGCGCCGUGUGCGGGGACAGGGCCAACGGGUACCACUUCCACGUGAUGAGCUGCGAGGGCUGCAAGGGCUUCUUCAGGCGCUCCAUCAUCAAAGGUGUCCGCUUCUCGUGUCCCCUGGCGCGGCGCUGCCCUGUCACCAAGGCCAAGCGGCGACAGUGCCAGGCCUGUCGCCUCCAGAAGUGCCUCGACGUGGGCAUGAGGAGGGACAUGAUCAUGUCGGAGGAGGCGCUGCGGCGGCGGCGGGAGCUGCGGGGACAGCGGGGACAGCGGGGACAGCCCGGGGGACAGCGGGGACACGAGGGACUGACGGCCGAGCAGCGGGAGCUCAUCGCGCUCCUGAUGGCCGCGCACCAGCGCACCUUCGACUGCAGCUUCUCGCAGUUCAUGCACUGCUGGCCCCCCGAGCACCUCGCCGUGUCCAGCCCGGGGAUGUCGCUGUCGCUGCCGGACGCGCCCUCGCUGCUGCCGCACUUCGCGGACCUGAGCACGUUCAUGAUCCAGCAGGUGAUCAAAUUCGCCAAGGAGAUCCCGGCCUUCAGGGGUUUGCCGCUGGAGACGCAGAUCUCGCUGCUGAAAGGGGCCACGCUGGGGAUCUGCCAGAUCCGCUUCAACACCGUCUUCAACACCGACACCAAGGCCUGGGAGUGCGGCCAGCGCUGCUACACCAUCCGCCACGGGGCCCUGGCCGGUUUCCAGCAGGUGUACCUGGAGCCGCUGCUCAAGUUCCACGAGAGCCUGCGGCGCCUGCGGCUGCACGAGGCCGAGUACGCGCUGCUGCAGGCCAUGCUGCUCUUCUCGCCAGACCACGCCGGCAUCGCCGAGCGCGACGCCAUCGAUCAGUUCCAGGAGAAGGUGGCGCUGACCCUCAAGAGCUACAUCGACCACCAGCACCCCCCCGAGGAGGGCAGGUUCCUGUACGCCAAGCUGCUGCUGCUGCUGACGGAGCUGCAGACGCUGAAGGUGGAGAACACGCGGCAGAUCCUGCACAUCCAGGACCUGUCGGCCAUGACGCCGCUGCUCUCCGAGAUCAUCAGCUGACACGGCCGCCCGUGUCACCGCCCGGUCCCCAAGUGUCACCCCCAGCUGCCUCCAGGCACAGAGUAAAGCUCCUUUAUUUA